AUGGCGCCUUCGGAGUUGGCCGAAUGUAUUAGGAAACGCCGUGUAGCAAAGGGUAAAAUAACUCGAUUUGGAUCAUUCUUUGACACAUUCCAAAGGAAUGCAAGGCGCAACUAUACUGAGUUGAAGUUACGGCUGGACAAACUGGAAUCAUUGUUUGAUGAAUUCGACCUUCUUCAAACUGAAAUCGAAGGUUUGGAUGAAUCUGACUCGCAGCAAGAAGAACUCAUCAAAUUUGAAAAUGAAUAUUUUUCCAUACAAGCGGCGGCGGUGAACGAGUUAUCAUCACAAGAACAACAAUCACCUGAUCAAUCAUUCACUCAAAAUCAUCGACAGGGUGUUGAAGCUCACAUAAAGUUGCCGAGAAUCAACCUUCCUGAAUUUGACGGAGAAUAUGAAAACUUGCAGUGUUAUCGGGAUACUUUCAGUAUCAUGGUUCACAACGCUCGAAUACCUGCAGUAGAAAAAUUUCAAUAUCUCCGAUUAUCUUUGAAAGGGCUGGCGGCACAGUUAAUCGAAAUAAAUAAGUUAGAAAAAGCAUCAGCCUCUGAAACGAGAAGUUUCUUCGACACCUUUCGUCCACACCUGGGAGCUUUAAAAGCUAUCGGAGAACCAGUGGAUGAAUGGAGUACGCUAUUAGUACACAUAGCAUCAUCCAAACUCGAUGAUAAAUCGCUCAUGGAAUGGGAAGCUUCACGAAGAGACACAAGUGUACCAACAUGGAACGAGUUCACUACCUUUCUAAAUCAUCGAUGUCAAACGCUCGCAGCCAUUGAAGUUUCUAAAGUGCAGGGAAGAAGUAUGUGUCAAAACUCAUCAAUACUAGGUCGACGGUCAUUUACCACGGUUCAGCAAACGUCCAUCACGUCACAGUCAAAAUGUCCCAUGUGCAAAUUAGUACAUGCUCUUUAUCAAUGUCCAAAAUUUUUAGCUUUGAUAACGCCAGAGAGAGUGAAAUUUGCCAGAACAGUAAACGUUUGCGUUAACUGUUUGCGGGGGGGUCACCGAGCAUCAGCUUGUCGUAGUGUGGGUUGUCCAAAAUGCAACAAACGACACAAUAGCAAACUACAUCUUGAAGACGAGGAAAGAGAAGAAGCAUUUGCGAACAGUGCAUUAAUUUAUGAAGAAAAUGGAAAUGUUUCUGAUACUCAGGAAAGCAUAGUGGAUAGCGAAGAUAGCCAUAUAGCAUUAAAGGCACAAAUAAUAGAAAAGAGAAAACCCCUCGGUGAAGUAACAAUGUUAUCAACGGCUUUAGUUAUCAUUACCAAUGUGCGUGGUAAAGGAAUUAUGGCAAGAGUUUUACUGGAUUCUGGUUCCCAAGUCAACCUUAUGACUACCAGACUGGCCACAAAACUAGGGUAUCCAAUAACUGAAACAGCUACAACGGUAAGUAUCAACGGAGUAUCAGGUAUGUCAUGUAAAGCAAUUGGACAAGUCAGCGCUACUGUAAAAUCGAGAGUUAACACAUAUUCAACAGAUCUACGGUUCUUGGUAUUACAGAACAUCGCGAACACCUUGCAGUCAGUACAACCAACCAACGAAGUCAUGAACACAAUUAAUCUAGGUGAAUGUGCUGACCCAGACUUUCAUUCUACAAAAAAAAUUGAUAUAAUACUUGGCUCCGAAAUAUUCUACGAGCUAUUAUGUAUCGGUCAAAUAAAACCAGCAGGCACUCGCACAAUUUGGCAAAAAACUGUGUUCGGCUGGGUUCUGUCAGGGCGGGUACAGAGUGACCAAAUUAUUCCUCAAACUUCUUGUAUGACAACAAUGGUGAGUAGCGAUGAUAAUUCCAUUCAGAACGAAGUACAGAAGUUUUGGGAGCUCGAAGAAGUCGUUGAACCAAAGGAACGAAGAAAAUAUAGUAUUGAAGAAUGUAAAUGUGAAACCCAUUUCUUGCAGACGUCUUCAAGAGACGCCGAUGGUAGAUUUACGUUAAAACUACCAUUUCGUAACAACAUACAGCAAUUACUGGGUGAAUCACGUUUCAUGGCAACGAAGAGCUGA